GCGCGUCAAACCUAUAUCGUCUCGAUACACGCACACCCGUGACUUGUCUAUAUAUAUAUAUAUAUAUAUAUAUAUAUAUAUAUAUAUUUAUUUAUAUAUACAUAUAUACAUAUAUACAUAUAUACAUAUAUACAUACAUAUAUAUAUAUAUCGCGCUAUGUGUCGACAGUGUGUGUUUGUUCUAAAGGAUCCUAAAUGACUGUGAGAACAGUGAGUGACGUACGCGAAGCUAAGAAAUGGAUAAGAUAGAGUUGUUGGGCGGUGCUUGCUUCAGCCAUGGCCCUUAUACGUUCUACAAAGCCGUUAGGAUAGGAAAUGGACGAGUCCUUCGACUCGGCAAUUUCUUCCUGACAAAACUUUGGAGCGACGCCGACCUCGUAAGCAUCGGUGAGCUUCAGUUACUUUGGAUGGACAGCCGUGGACCAAAUCAACCGUUGGCAUCGUUACGGCUCUAUUUCCUUCCGGAGAACACCCCGGACGGUCGUAGGGAUACGCACGGAGAGGACGAGGUGUUGACGAUAUCUGAAAAAGUUGUCGUUCGUGUUCACGACUUGGUUACCUGGUUAUCACCUACGUUGGAAUGGUCGUGGGGACGUGAAAUUUUUUACCCGAGUUCACCAACACCAACAUCCUCUCCUGAGAGUAGUCCACCGAGAUACGAAAUUCCUCAACCCCAGGUUUUGACCGAUCCUGGAAUCGAUUUUUCUGACGUUGACAAACAACAAAAGGAAUACGAGAGCAAUAUAAGUUCUUCGAAAAAAUCUGAUUGCGACGGUCAAACCAAAGUGGUUGUACUUUCGUAUCCGAGGUAUUGUAGAUAUCGAGCACUUUUACGAAGAUUGGAAGGUGCGGAACCUUCCUGGCUUUGUUCUUCGGUAGCUGCUGCACUCGGUGGAUUCACUGCUACACCUGGAACGCGCGUACUUUUCUGCAGAGAUACCUUCGAUUAUCCUGAUUUGGAGACCCAUGAACUACUUUGCAAUCAUUUAGCGCCUAAAUUAAAAGGACGGCCACGGAGGAAACGUAAAAAGCGAAGUGCUUCACCUGGCGAAUCCAGCAACGAAAGUGAAGCUUCGGUUGCUUCUUCGUCAAAAUGUGCGUCGAGCAAUUCGAGUCAACAAUUGAUACCAGCUCCAGUUGGAAGGCCACCAUCGGCGGGUGUACGUCGAAGCGAACGCAAAACAAGUGCCGAAGAAAAAAAAUUCAUGGUCGAUGUACAGAAUUUCAUGAAUUCACGGGGCACUCCAGUCGGAAAGAUGCCAUUGUUGGGAUACAGGCAAAUCGAUCUGUUCCUGUUUUAUACGAAGGUACAGACACUCGGUGGAUACGAUUCCGUUAGUGCUGGACGUCUCUGGAAAACCAUUUAUGAUGAUAUCGGUGGUAAUACAGGAUCCACCAGUGCUGCUACUAUAACUCGUAGACAUUACGAAAGGUUGCUUUUACCUUAUGAAAGGUAUCAAAGAGGUGAGGAACCCAAAGUGAGAUUAACACAUGGUAGACGUACGAAAACUAGUAGUAUAUCUGAAAGUCCGGUGGAUGGGGAUCAAGAGACCAGCGACUCACGUUCAUCGGAGACACCACCGUUGGUUGAAACACCACCUGUAAACACUACCCCACCUUUGCAACCAGUUUUAUCGAGCUCGUCUUUUCCAUCAAACGAGAAACCGAAAUCAGAAGUCGGAAAAACAUCCUCUUUGCGUAGCGUGAGAGUUAAACCGGAACGUUUGAAAUCAUUGAAUACGAUAAUCGCCAACAACACACCACCAACGAGCCAGCAAACCAGUCAACUGCCAAGUCCUCCUCCAUCAUCGAACACGCCAAUUUCGACUCCAAGUAGUACACCUUCCACAACGCCUACGAUCGUAACCGGGAAUCAAAGUGUUCUCGAACGACAAUUAAACAGUCCUCUUGUGUCCCAACAAGUACCACCGUCCUGUUCGUCUCCAGGAUUACCAGUGAGCACAGUAGCAAUGAAUGCAUCGACGGUAGUAACGUUGACGCCGCCACCUGAAAAAGACAUGAAAGAGAUUAAAUUAGAUCCUAAGCAAACGACUCUGCUGGCACAGGGUAAGGAGAACAUACCGUUGUUCGGUGAGAAGCCAAUCUUCACAGAGAAGGCGAUAGUAGCACCAAGAUCACCCGAGGUGAUUGAUCUCGAAAAUGAAAGUGAUACGAGUAGAGAUAAGAUAAUAAUACCAAGCUUUAAAAAACGAAAAUUAGAAAUAUUGCGGGAGGGCGGUCUUGAAGUUACAGCCGUUGAUCUUGAUGCAAGACCGAGCGUGAUUCAGAGCAGCGUAACGCCUACCCCGCCUACGGUAAAAUCCGAGGAUAAGUUAUCGUCGCCUUAUCCACUUUCCGUUACCCCGAAUUCGGUGCCGAAACUUAUAUCCGUUACCGUAACACCGGACAUAGGACAUAUGUUGCCAUCACCUCAGGAGAAUCAGACCAGUCAUCACCAACAGCCUCGGUUUCAAUCCCAAGGAAAACAACAUCCCGUCCA